AUGUGGGAUAUCAUGAUUUUGAGACCGCUUCGGAGGAGUCUCUCAAGGUCGCUACGGCAAAUCGCCUCGAAGGAUCGGAUGCUCGAAUCGGCAAAUCACGUCGAACGAUGGGCGGAUAUCGGCAUUUCCAGAUCGCAUCAGAGGCGCAUCGGAUGCUCGAAUCGGCAAAUCACGUCGAACGAUGAGCGGAUGUCGGCAUUUCCGGAUCGCAUCAGAUGCGUCUCCGAGGGUCGGUCCGGGAAAUCACCUCGAAAGAAGGGAGACUCGCAUUGGCAAAUUUCCUCGAACGAUGUGGGAUAUCAUGAUUUUCAGACCGCUUCGGAGGAGUCUCUCAAGGUCGCUACGGCAAAUCGCCUCGAAGGAUCGGAUGCUCGUGUCGGCAAAUCACCUCGAAUGAUGGGCGGAAAUCGGCAUUUCCGGAUCGCAUCAGAUGCGUCUCCGAGGGUCGGUACGGGAAAUCACCUCGAAAGAACGGAGACUCGAAUUGGCAAAUUACCUCGAACGAUGUGCGGAUGUCAGGAUUUUCAUACCGCUCCGGACACGUCUCUCAAGGCCGCUGCGGCACUCCAUGGCAAAUCACGUUGA